UUGGACCGGGUUACCCCCGGAUUCGUCCGUGAGCCCCUGAGUGGCAAGAACGUACAUAGAAGUUUUAGCCAAUAAAAAGCUGGUUAAUUAAGAAAAAUUAAUUUACAGCUGACAUUUUCUAUAUCGUCAUGUGUUGUUAAUGAUUUGUUGACAGAUUUGUGCACAUUGGAUAUGUAAAGUUUACAUUUUAGAGAUUUUAGUUACAUAUGAAUUAUAGUAUUCUUUUGUUAGCAUGAGGUGCCCUGUAAAUCGGAUCCAUUGAUUUAUUUUGUGAAAUGUAAACUUCUAGUUCCAGCCCUUCGAACAGAUUGCAUUAUAGUGGAACUGGAGCAAUAAUGAGCCAAGAGGAAGACAAGUCGGAGAGUAGUGAUUUCAAACCGUUGAAACCAUACUGGAACUGUACUGUGUGUACUUUUGAGAACAAGUCUGAGUCAUUUAAGUGCAAGAUGUGUCAUGUGCGGAGAGGCAGUUCCAGUCGACAGUCGAGUAUCAACCCGCUGCUGGCCACACAGCAGUACCGGCCUGCGGCGCACCUAAACCAGAAGAAACAUCAUCUGGUGAAACAGCGUGAGCCUGGUGGCAAGGGCAAGCGACAGGGUGUGAAAAUGGGUCGUGCCGGCAAGCGCCGACAGGCACACGCUGCUAAAAUCAGCAACAUCGAUAGGAAGUCAGGACGUUCGCUAGCCAUAACUGUGAACAAUGUGACUGUCACGUUCACCGAAUACAAACUCAAACCGAAAAAGACAAAUCCAAAUAAAAAGAACAAGAAGAAUGCAUUGGACUUUUUACCUCAGUGUUUAGUUGCUAGUGAGAUAGAUUCGAGUUCUAAAAGUUCAUUUACCUCGCAGUCUGAGUCUCUCCAGAGCUACACUGACGGCAUAUCGAAUGACAAAAUGGAGUCUAAUGGAAUUGACCAGUAAAAUGUGGGAUCUUGUUUGUGUACUGCUCAGGGAUUUAAUUUGAUCUCAAACACUAUUUUGUUUAUUUGCUUGUCAGCUUGUUCAGUAUUUUACAUCAAUUUAUUUUAAAAGUGCAAUCGAACAUAUAGGUAAGAUUUGAUAGAAAGACCAUUCAAACUUGUAUUCUGUGUAAAUACAAUGUUUAUAUUUUAAGUAUGUGCAAUCUCUGUUAGAUCUAUAAGCUUAAAAGUAUUUUACUAGUUUCGUUUGUAUAAUAAUGAAUGUUUAUGUACCUGUUUUUAUUCUGUCUCAGUAUUACCAUAGACUAAUUACUCAUCUGAAAAUAUAAGCUAUAUUUUUUGCUGAUUUUGUAAGAACAGUAUAAAAUCAAAUCAAUCAACUGAAAUCUUUUAUUCUAUUCUUAAAAAAAGUUAUUCAGAAAACUUACUUUGAAACAUUGUGGGCAUUGUUUUUAAAAUAAUGACUAAACUCUGUAAGUUACUUAUAACAAUAUUUGGUCACACAACAGACUUGUAGAGCUGUUUUCCUUCACGUAUUCAUGUACUGAUUUGCCUAUUAAACUGUAAUUAAGGCAGUAAAUGAUGAAUAUUUGAUGAAUGUAUUUGAAUGAAUAUAUUGCAGACUUUUUUUUUUACUAUACAAUAUAUACUUAUUAAUUAAUUGUUUAAAAAUGAGUAAUGUUCAAUUUUUAUGUAUUUGUUUUCAUAAGUUUAUGAGGACAGUUUAUACUAAAUAUAUUUGAAAUUGGGGCUAAGAGACAAAUAGGUGCUUUCUAAUUUUUGUAUACAUUUGGAAAAUGAUUACCGCAUAAAAAAUAUUCAACUCUACUUAAAUUUAAACAAAGUGUUGUAAAAACUCUUCCUUCUCCAAUUCAAUAGUAUUGAUGAUUGUUUUAUUAUAGGUCUAUGGUUUUACUAAGUGACAUGUGCUAACUCUAUUCCUAGCUAAUUUAAAGUGUUGUUUUUGUAAAAUGUAAGAUAGCUUAUAAAUAUUAAUGAUUUUUUACUCGUAAACUCUUUAUUAGACUGAUUUAUGGUAGCUGUUAUGUAGAUAAUUGAUUUUCUGUUAUUCCAACAUAAUAAUGAUAUUAUGAGUAUCCAUUCUCUCAAAUGUUUGAAUUAGAACUAAUACAUAAUAAUAAUAUUUUAGACCUUGAAAGGGCUGUCUUACUACUAGAUUUGGCUUGUAUGAAACAAGAGUUUUCAUUUUAUAUUGUUUCAGAUUUUUGUACUUAUUUCUAUUUAUAGAAAUUUUGACAUUUUGUGAUCCCAAUUUUAUUGAUUUGUUGUAAUAAAUUAAGUUGCAUAGUAUUUAUUUGCAAAUGAAGCUUGAAAUAUCAUAAAAAGCAAUAUUUUAAUACAUAUACAUGCCUGUGGGAGGUACUGCACUAUUAUUAUAACAUACAUUGGUUGUGAUGAAUUUCAUUGUGUAUCUAACAAAAAUGUGUAUUAUUAAGAUUACGGUUUUACUUUUUUAUUUCAUUUUAAGUCAUAUUUUUCCAUCACAGUACAGGUUUACAGGUAAAAUAAAAUCAAAUAUUUAUCUCAAUACACUGUAACUGAACAUUUGUGACUAUAAUAUGUAAAAGGUGUGAAAUAAUGACCAGUACCGUAGCUAUGUAUGAAAUAUAUUUUUAAUAAAAAGAAGAGCAUUUGAAUCUUA